UGGUAUUCUAGUCGGCCUCUGAUAUCGUGGAAAGCAGGACGCGCGGUAUGACGCUCCUAGUAUCCUCUCGCACCAUCCAUCUCGUCCUUCUUUCGGAAGGAGAAAAAACUCAACGGUUAUUGGCCCCCUUUCAAUUCGCUGACAGACCUAUCUUUAGGGACGAUGCAACUUCCGUUUUUGCUGCGUGUGUGUGUUCUUCUCCUGAUAAAUAGUCGUCUAAUCGCCUCGCGAGAUCAAGGAAAUGGAUUAUUCGGAAGGAAUGGUAGACGGCAUCAUCCCCUUCAAAGGGCCAUUUCUUUUGGGGAAGCAGUAUCAAGGAAUUGGUGCAAUGUCUGGCACGCUGGCAGAAUGAGAGCAGAGGUCCAUGAACCUAGACGAAGAUCGGAUAUAAGGGACUCGAGGACUGCAGAGGCAGACAAUCCGAGGGCUCCGCGCAGAAGUAGAUCUUGGCCGCCAAGUGGAAAUUCAGACCGCAACCGACUGGUCGAUCAAUUGACGUCAAGAGUGCCAUUGCGAGCACUGCUGUUAGCAUCCACUUUAACAGGACCUACACCACCGGCACUACCACCGCAACCAUCAUCACGAACGGCAUCACCAACCCCACCACCACCACCCUCACCAUCAUCACGGGCGACAUCACCACCACAAUCACCCCCACGAUCUCUACCUCCACAAUCGCGCUUGGCAGGAUUACGGCCCUCUCCGAUCACACCUCCGCCGCUGCAAGCGGUAUUAUCAGGGCCAUCGCCGGGGCAACAGGCGUCAACGCCGAGGUCGCCGACUUCACAGAUGAUAGAACGAGUGGACGGCCUUCUGGAGUUGUACCAACCCGAGGCCGACGAGCCGGUGCCGUCGUGGUUGAGAACGGUCCUCCUCAACAUGAUGACCGACCCUGCCGAGAGGUUCGGAGCCUCGCUACACUCGCCGAACAUGCAUGUCCAUGUUCGUCCGACAGGGUCACCAGUAUCGAGUACAGUUACCCCUACGCCUAACCGAACACCGAGAAGUCCCAACCGUGCUCCUGCUCAACCGCCGUCUCCAGGGAGCAAGUCAGUGAGCGGCGAUGAAUCUUGUUCUGACGACCAUCCAGAGGUUUGCCAUAUCUGCGCCAAGUCCAAGAGAAAUACCAUCCUGCUCCCAUGCAAACAUGAAAUGUGCACUGCCUGCACAGCAAGGAUGGCAACCGAGGUCGGCAAAGACUUUUCAUGCCCAUGGUGCCGCGAAAAGGUGGAGAAAGUGCUUCGAAAGUCGACUGGAUUCACGCCCACCCCUGACAUGACGACACCACCAGCCCUUAAGUUGAUGCCACAGUCCGCCCCAUGAGGGUGGACAUCCAAGGACACCCAGGCAGGAGACGCCGAUUGCAAAGAUGGAUCAGAUGAAGUAUUCAAAUCCGUGUAGAUUUACCAAUCUA